AUGACUAGAAAUAUGAAGCUAUCCAGAUGUCAAUGCGGGGUCGUCAGCCGAAGGCGGGGAGCUGUGGCAGAAAAGCGCAGUCAAUCCGAUAUCAGCGGGGCCAACAAUCAGCCGUCAUCGCAGUAUUGCCUGAUUGAUCCUAGAAUGGCGUCUUCUGGCCGCAGAACACGGCCGCAAUUUUCUGUUCCAUCCUCACCAUCAGAUAAUGAAUCGCCGAUCCGGCCCAGGCGACCGAGUCUCGAACCUCAAGUCGACAUCCUAUCCACACGCGGCCAAUACCUUUCAUCUUUAAUACGACGACGAUCGUUCUCGAGCAGCCAAAGCCUCUAUAGGCCAGAUGGGUACAUCGACACCGAGCGCGAUGACACAGGUUCUUUCCGUCACCGGGUUGAGGGCCCCGCAACAGUGCGGGCGAGGGAAUUGAUCGGCGAGCGGAGGCCGCCAUAUAAUUGGCGUCAACUCUACGAGCGGAAUAAUAACCUUAUUUCGCAAUACGUCUAUAUUGACCGGCUCCUCGACUCGUCGUUGCCCCGUCGUCUGAUAGUGGAAUACCAGCAGAAUCGUGCUGUAGAGAGCGCGAAGAGAACAAACGCAGGCGCGCAUGAAGGAGGCUACGGAUCUUUCGAGAACCUGGCAGAUGACGAAAUACCUAAGAAGAUCAAGCGCACACCUCGGAAUCUCUAUCGGAUUCCUAGUGAAAGCUCGCUGCUACUACCUCAAACUACGGAUGGAGAAGCAUCACCCUUGGAAGAUGUCACACCAAAAGGUCAUGAUUUUGUGGACAGCGGAGCCCGCAUUGUCACUGUCGCCAUUUAUGUCAACUUUGUCGCAAACGUCAUUCUCCUGGCCGCAAAGAUUGCUGCUUUGUUGAUGACAAACUCAGUAUCAGUUCUUGCGAGCUUGGUGGACGGAGCAUUGGAUUUUCUAUCGACUACUAUCGUCUGGAUUACUACCGCUCUUAUCCGAAGACAAGACCGUUACGAAUACCCUAUUAGUCGACGUCGAUUGGAGCCACUUAGUGUUUUGGUUUUUGCUGUUGUGAUGGUUACCUCGUUCUUUCAGGUGGCUAUCACGUCUGCGGGCCGCUUGAUCUCCUCCGAGCACGCCGUGAUCCAGCUAUCAGUGCCAUCGGCGGCGAUUAUGGGUAGCACCGUGGUCGUCAAGUUCCUGUGCUGGUUCUGGUGCCGACUAAUAAAUAACUCGAGUGUCCAAGCCUUGGCGCAGGAUGCAAUGACGGAUGUAGUUUUCAAUUUCUUCAGCAUCGUCUUCCCGCUCGUGGGCGGCUUCACGAACAUCUGGUUUCUCGAUCCCCUGGGAGGUCUGAUCCUCUCCAUUUACAUAAUCUGGAACUGGAGUCGUACCGCCAGCGAGCACAUCCGCCACCUCACCGGAGCUGCCGCCUCCCGCGAGGACGUCAGCAUCCUUCUGUACAUGACAAUGCGGUUCUCGCGGUCUAUCCUCAAAAUCCAAAAUUUAAGAGCGUACUACGCGGGUGAUUUACUCAAUGUCGAGGUUGACAUCGUGCUGCCGGAUAAUAGCAGUCUGCGCGACAGCCAUGACCUCGGCGAGAGUCUACAAUAUAUGCUUGAGAGCGUACCGACAGUGGAAAGAGCUUUUGUACAUAUGGAUUAUGACCCAUGGAACAUCCCUAGCCAUAUGAAUCAACAGGAGGCAUGA